AUGAAAACACUCAUAGCUGACUGUGGAGGUUCUUCCAUCAAAAUUGGAUAUGGAGCAACAUCGGAAUCAGAAGUGUUGGAACAUUGUAGACUUGAUAAAAAUCCUCUGAUCAUUCCUAAUUAUAUUGCUAAACAUAGAUCUACAUCGGGAGCUCCUGGAUCAGUUUUUAUUGGUGAUGAAUUGGAAAAUGAUUGUGAAUGUUUUGCAUCACUUUUAUUUAGGAGACCAAUUGAAAAGGGAUAUAUAGUGGAUUGUGAAACUCAAUCAAUAAUUAUGGACCAUAUUUUAAAGAAUCACUUUCCAACUUUACAAACUAACGAAACUAGACUCUUUUUGCCUCAUCAACCUUUCACUCCUAAAACACUCCAAAGAGAUAUAUGCCAACUUGUCUUUGAAUAUUAUGGAUUUAAAGAAUAUUCAUCAAUUUCAAGCCAAUAUUUAAGUUUUUUUGGAUAUUUAAAUGAAAUUAGAGAUGAAAAAACUCCACUCAAUUCCCAAACUUCAAAUAAUUCAAUUGUACAAUCAAAGAGUGCUCUUGUAAUAGAUUCUGGAUUUUCAUUUUCACAUAUUUAUCCCAUUGUAAAUUCUCUCCCAGUCAAACAGGCAAUUAAAAGAAUAGAUAUUGGUGGAAAACUAUUGACCAAUUAUUUCAAAGAAGUUGUUUCAGGAAGACACUACGAUAUGAUGGAUGAAACUUAUUUAAUGAAUAUAGUGAAAGAGAGAUUAUGUUUAGUUUCUAACAAUUUUGAAGAAGAUUUGAAUUUGUGCUCGUAUAUAGAUUCACCAUUUUUAGUUGAUUAUGUUUUACCAGAUUACAAGAACAGUAAGACUGGUUAUGUGUUGAAAACUGAUAGACCAUCAAAUGAAGAUUUACAAAUUCUUACCUUGAAUCAAGAAAGAAUGGCAAUACCUGAAAUUUUAUUUAGACCUUCUGAUAUUGGAAUUAAUCAGGCUGGAGUUUCUGAAACAGCUGCUAGAACUAUUUUAACAGAAUUCAAAUCGAGUGUAGAACAGUCAAUCCUUUUUGAUACAAUCCUUUUAACAGGUGGUAGUACCAAGUUUAAAAACUUUAAAUCUAGGCUUCAAAACGAUCUGAGAGGUUUUGCUCCACAAGAAUUCAAAUCAGUCACUGUUCAUGAAAGUAAGAAUCCAAUGACUUUAUGUUGGAGAGGAGCCUCAGCAUUUUCCUUUUAUGAAAAACAAUUAUUGGACAAUAGUACAGUAAAGAAGGAAGAAUAUGAUGAAACUGGAUUUGAAAUUUGUUUGGAUAGAUUCACCAGUUCAUAA